AUGGCUUCAGAGGACCUGCAUGCAAUCUCCACUGUCUGGCUCAAAAGCCUAGAGGCUGCGUCGUCUACCGGAGAUUUCACGUCAUUUGUGGGCCAUUUCCUUUCGGACGGGUGGUUAAGAGAUCUCCUAUGUUUUUCUUGGAAUUUUAGGUCGCUCUCAGGUCUGGACAAAAUACACCGAUUCCUCUCGGAGGUGGUUGAUGGAAAGCCGCGAUUUGAGCAUUCUGGUCUUCGUAACUUCAAGCUAGAAGAUUGCACCGCCAAUGCGCCGUCACCAUUCAAACUGCCAGGUUCACAAGGCAUCGAAGGAGUACAGGGUGCUUUCACUUUUACAAUUACGAAACCAGCUGCACUCGGACGAGGUUUCUUCCGUCUGACACAAGAUGCCGAUGGAAAGUGGAAGGCUUUAACCCUUUUCACAAACAUGCAGGACCUCAUCGGGCACGAGGAGUCUUCCGCGGAUCAACACGGCCUAUAUGAGGGUCGAAAAAUAACCUGGGAGGAAGAUGUUGAAGCAAAAUUCCGUGCUAUAGAGGCGGACCCCACUAUUUUGAAUCGCACAAAAGUUGGUGGUGGACAAUCUGGCCUUAUGUCUGCAGCGCGGCUGGGUAGGUUGGGCAUUCGUGCGCUCGUGAUCGAGAAAAAUGCGCGUGUCGGAGAUUCCUGGCGACAACGGACAACCUUCCCCAAGUACAUCCCUAAGGGAAAACUUGCACAUUUCAUUGAUUCAUACGCCGUGGACCAGGAAUUAUGUGUCUGGCUCUCGAGUAGCAUAGCCUCAACUCCAGUGUACAGCCCGUCAUCCGCGAGAUGGACUGUGGAAGUCCAGCACGGCGACCGGAAAGUAAUCAUUCACCCCAAGCACCUGGUACUUGCCACAGGAUACGGCAGCCCUCGCAUUCCUACUUGGAAUGGAAUGGAAGAAUUCCAGGGAGCCUUGUAUCAUUCCGACUUCCAUAGAGAUGCAGAGCAAUCUCGAGGCAAACGCGUGGUCAUUGUGGGUGCGGGCAAUGCUAGUUCAGACAUAUGUGAAGACUUUGUAGCGCAUGGUGCCACCGAGGUAACAAUGGUCCAAAGAAGCGCUACAUGUGUCAUGUCUUCGACUACCGCAGAGAAAACCUACCUCAAUGUACCUUUCCCUGAUGGCACCCCUGUCGAAGAGCUAGAUUUCCGCAGUAAUUCGAUGCCUAAGGCCUUCUUCAUGCAACUGAAAAUCUCAGGUGGGACAGAAUAUUCGAAGAUGCUUGAUAAGGAACUCCACGAUGGUUUGCGCAAGGCUGGAUUCAACUUAACCUGGGAACUUUCGCCCGGUAGUGGCGAGGUUGGGCUGGAAGGAUUUGUACUGGACCGCCAGGCGUCAGGAACUAUGCUUGACAUUGGCUGCGGUAAGCUAAUCAUCGAAGGCAGAGUCAAGAUAAAGCGAGGCCAAGACAUCAGUCACUUCGAGAAAGAUGGGAUCACGUUUAAAGAUGGCUCCAAGCUUUCAGCAGAUGUCAUCGUCCUAGCUACAGGAAAUGAACCCAUCAUGAAGACCACGAGAUCUCUUCUUGGAAAUGAAAUUACCGAUCGACUUCCAUCUAAGGUGUGGGGUCUUGACUCAGAGGGAGAACUUAAUCAGACAUAUCGACCCUCUGGACAUCCGGGACUUUGGUUUGCUGUUGGUUCAUUCCAAAUGUCGCGUUUCUACAGUAAACACCUGGGUCUGCAGAUCUUGGCAAGAGAGCUCGAUAUAGUAUGA